AUGAAUGAAGCGGAAGGAAAGCGAGAAGCUAACAGACAGCAUAUGAUUAAUAAUAGACGAAUUGAAUAUGAUAAAGAAAUGGAAGAAAUUGAAGAAACAAAUAGAGUACGGAUGGCUCAGAUUUUUUUAGGAAACGAUGAAGAUCAAGAAGAAAUGUUGAAUUUACGGCAAUCAAACGAGGCUCAGAACCAUGCAGAAAUGGUUAUUGUAGAAACGGAAGAAGAGCAACAACAUCGUUUGGAAUAUUUGGCACAAAAUCGAAGUAAUAAAGUAACUAAAACUCACCAGGUUGCUCAGAAACUAUUGAAGAACGAAGAUUCUGUUCCUGUUCAUCACUCUGGGAAAAUGGAUGAAAUUUGUAAUUACUGUGGCGCAAGACAUUUUAAAGGAGAGAAAGCGUCUGAUCAAAAAUUCAGCAUUUGUUGUUCAAAAGGAAAAGUCAUUCUUCCUCCUCCUAAAGGUUGCCCUGAAUUGCUUUACCAUCUGUUUACUAACAAUCAUCCAAAAUCACCACAUUUUAUUAAAAUGAUAAGAAAUUACAACAAUGCUCUUGCCUUUGCAUCAAUGGGAGCACAAAUCGGCUAUCUACCAGGUCGAGGCCCAUAUUGUUUCCGAAUUCAUGGACAGAUGUAUCACGAUACAACAGCCGUUCGAUACCAAAACGAAGACUCUUUAAAUCAUCCCGCUUCGAAGUACGCACAACUGUACUUCAUCGAUUCUACUCAAGCGAACCAAUUUCGGUCAAAUAACCAUGCUAACGGUCGUUGUGACCCUUUUCUGAUGGCGCAAUUAGAUUCUCUUCUUCGUCAAUGUAAUCCCUAUGCUGUCGUGUAUAAAAACAUGAGACAAAUGAAAACCGAGGAGGAUCUUCUUGAUGAAAUGGAGGGUAGGAUGCCCAUGGAAAUUAAUUUCCAUAACGACCGUCGGACACAGGAUGAAAGGCGUUACAAUAGCCCGACACCGGAAGAAAUAGCUGUUGUUUUCAAAAGCAUUGAUGGGGCUCCACCGGAAAAUAGAGAUAUACGCGGUCAUCUCCUAAUUCCACAAAGAGGAAAUCGAUUCAUUCGAAUCGAUACCCAAAAACCAAUGUGCGAUCCCAUGACCUAUCCCCUCCUAUUUCCCAAUGGAGAAGCUCGUGUUGUAAGGGAUGCUGCCGAAAAUACUGGACCGGACUUUGUAGAACCGGAACUGAAACCGGAAGAUUCCCUUCAUAUAGACCCUGAUGCACCUGUACUCAGAAGAAGUAAUCGUCGGUCAAGAAUUACCCAAUGCGAGUACUAUAGUAGUAGAAUGUCGAUUCGUGGAUACUUCAAUGCAGCUUUAUAUGGUGGUCCUCUAACUCAGCAAUGGACAGUUGAUUCGUACGUUAAAGUUGAAGCUAAUCAAGUGAAGUAUCUUCAGACUCAUCAGGCAGAUCUACAUGUCGCACAGUACAAUGGACUUAUGGAUUAUUUGAAUACUCGAGCUGAAAGUGAGAAAAUGACAGUCGGAACAUCGGUUAUUUUACCAUCAUCUUUCAUUGGAAGUCCAAGAGCCAUGAAACAAGGGUACCAAGAUGCGAUGGCUAUUUGCGGAAAAUUUGGAAAGCCGACUUUUUUCCUUACUUUUACAUGUAACUCGAAAUGGCCAGAGAUCACCGAGAGCAUUGAAGCUUAUCAAAUUCCAUCUAAUAGGCCAGAUAUUGUUUCAAUAGUUUAUCAAUUGAAACUAAAAGAACUAAUAAAGGACAUUCAAGAACGUCAAAUUUUGGAGAUUAUUGUUGUAAGGAUUCAUGUCAUUGAAUUCCAAAAGCGCGGUUCACCCCAUGUCCAUCUACUAAUGUGGGUAGAUGCCAGUGACGUCCCAAUGACUGAAGACGAUAUAGACAAGACAAUUUGUGCUGAGAUUCCGGAUCCAGUUAAGAGCCUAAGACUUCACAAGAUUGUAAUGAGCAACAUGAUUCACGGUCCAUGCGGAAAAGAGAUUAAUCGCAAUUCUCCUUGCAUGGAUGGUGACAUGUGCACAAAAUCUUUUCCGAAACCAUUUGCGGAAGUAACGGUUAUCAACGGAAAUGGAUAUCCUACUUAUCAGAGGAGAAAUACCGGUCGCAGCUACUCGCUAAACAACAGCAGCAGCAGUCAUCGAGUGGAUAAUAGCUGGGUCGUCCCUUACAACUCUUACCUUUCACUAAAGUUCAACUCGCACAUCAAUCUAGAGUUUUGCGCGUCCAUUACCAGCAUAAAGUAUAUUUUCAAGUACAUAUACAAAGGACAUGAUUGUGCAAAUAUUCAGAUAAGCAGAGGAGAAAAUCAAGAAGGUCAACAACGCAUUGUAUGGGACGAAACGGGAGCGAGACUUUAG